AUGACGCCCCAUAAUGCAGUCGGCUGGUCAGCCUGGGAGGAGGAAAACCUCCUUCCCUGGCUCGAAUCUAACCGAGACUUGACCUGGAAAGCUUUGUCGAUUGCCUAUUGGCAGCAGUAUCAUGUAAGACGAAGCGUCGAGUCUCUACGAGGGAAAAAGCACCACAUCCUUCGAAAACGCCGCGACGCUGGCAAAACGCUAAUUGUCAAUGAAUCCGAGGCGUCAAAUUUCGAAGAAGAGAAAGCGACUGAGGCGUUCAACCAACCAAUGGCUCAGGAAUCCGCCACACAUCAAUCAGACCGCAGUGACUACAAAGUCGAAAAGAUCAUUCACUAG